CUGCGGCUGUUGCCAGGUCGAUGGCGUCACGCGUGACGUCACCGGCGCAUCGCACCUAUCCUCCUGAAUCCGACGCUCUUCUGCUCGUUUUAUGACAGUAAGCCGUUAUUAAAGCAUGUCUACUCCGGCGAGACGGCGGCUCAUGAGAGACUUUAAGAGACUUCAAGAAGAUCCUCCAACUGGUGUGAGUGGCGCUCCUUCAGAAAACAACAUCAUGCUGUGGAACGCUGUGAUUUUUGGGCCUGUAGGAACUCCUUUUGAAGACGGAACAUUUAAGCUGGUUAUUGAAUUUUCAGAAGAAUAUCCUAACAAGCCUCCUACGGUUCGCUUCAUCUCCAAAAUGUUUCACCCAAAUGUCUAUGCAGAUGGCAGUAUAUGUUUAGACAUUCUUCAGAAUCGCUGGAGUCCCACGUAUGACGUUUCCUCCAUUCUGACAUCCAUCCAGGUGCAUGAUGGUCUCUAUUAGACGAGCCCAAUCCAAACAGCCCAGCCAACAGUCAAGCGGCUCAGCUCUAUCAGGAGAACAAACGUGAAUAUGAGAAGAGAGUGUCGGCCAUCGUGGAGCAGAGCUGGGUCGACUCGUAACGCUACAGGCCACAACCACUCAUAGGAUUAUUCACUUCUUUGCAAAUGCAUUUGACAAAAAUCGACAACAUUUGUGUGCUUAUUUAUUUUUUUUUAACUGCAUGAUAAGUUAUUGCUAACAAAAUUUGAAUCAUACUGUUGUCAGAUUGAUGCAGUUGAAUGCAAUGCAAUGUUGUCCGAGUGCAAUCCCUAAAUAUGUCCAUCUCUCAGUUCUUCAGUAAACCAUCAUUAAUAUAUUUGAAAACUGAUGACAUGCCCGUCUUGCCUUUAAAUGCACCUGAUGAUCGACUGUGGGAAUCAUUUUUUGUAUCUGUAUUUGACGAUGCUUCGGUUUAAUAAAACGAGGGCACGUUCUUCUAAACUGCGUCGGACACGCAGCGAUGAGUUUUGAGAGAACACGCGAGUAAUGCUUGGAUGACAGUGUUGAGGGGAUGUUUUAGUUUUUGUGAAUUUAUCAUAAGAACAUUUAUACUUCUAAUAUGCUGUAUAAAAGAAAAAUAAAACAUUUUUCAGACUUGGA